AAUGGCACUUCCUUCAAGCAACUCCGUGUCACUAUCCACUGGGAAGAGGUGCCUAGAAGUCUUCCGCCAUGGGCCACCUAAUUACGUUGGCCACGUACGUUCUCUAAACCAAUGGGCACUCGAUUUCCAGGGAAACUAUGAAAGAAUCAUGGAGAGCAUCGUCAUUGCGAAAAGCAGAGGAGCAACCCUUCGUGUUGGACCAGAGCUCGAAAUACGCGGUUAUGGCUGUCUGGACCACUUUUUGGAAGGCGACACUGUUCUUCAUUCAUGGGAGGUGCUAGCCAAAAUAUUAUCCUCCGACGAAACGAUGGGCAUUGUAUGCGACCUUGGGAGGCCUGUGGUUCACAAGAACGUCAUUUACAAUUGUCGAAUCAUCAUUCACAAUAAGAAGAUACUGCUUAUUCGCCCAAAGAUGUGGCUAGCAAACGACGGAAAUUAUCGCGAGCUGCGCUACUUUACCCCCUGGACGAAGCAUCGGCAGUGGGAAGAACAUUACCUUCCACGUAUUGUCCAAGCUGUGACCAAACAGAUCAAAGUACCUUUUGGAGAUGCAGUCGUCAGCACUACCGACACUUGCAUUGGUGUCGAACUCUGCGAGGAGCUCUUCACUCCUGCUAGUCCUCACAUUCUCAUGGGACUCGACGGAGUGGAGAUCUUCACAAAUUCCAGCGGCAGUCACCAUGAGCUCCGAAAACUUUAUCGACGGGUAGAAUUGAUCAAAGAGGCGACUUUGAAGUUGGGUGGUAUAUACUUGUAUGCCAAUCAGCAGGGCUGCGACGGAGACCGUCUAUACUAUGAUGGCUGUGCAAUGAUCGCCGUCAAUGGGCGAAUGGUCGCCCAAGGCUCCCAAUUUUCUCUCUCGGACGUGGAAGUUGUCAGUGCCACAAUCGACAUCGAGGACGUUCGUGCCCACAGGGCUGUUUCCAGCAGAAGCAUGCAAGCAGCCUCUGCACAGAGAUAUCAUAGGGUCGAAGUCGACUUUGCUCUCACCAGUGGCAAAUUUGAAGAGGUGCGGGAAGAAGAUAUGGUAGGCCUCAUUGGGAGUAAAAUGAUCCCCGUCAGGUAUCAUUCGCCUGAAGAAGAAAUUGGCUUGGGGCCAGCCUGCUGGCUGUGGGAUUAUCUCCGACGGUCGCGUACUCAAGGGUAUUUCAUACCGCUCAGCGGAGGUGUGGACAGCUGCGCAACGGCUGUCAUCGUUCACUCUAUGUGCCGCCUUGUCGCUCAGGCUGCGUCUAAGGGAGAGACACAGAUCAUUGCCGAUGCCCGGCGUAUUGCUGGAGAUCCGGAAGACUCAGACUACUUGCCAACCGACCCGAAAGAAUUCGCCAACAGGAUAUUUCAUACAUGUUACAUGGGCACUGAAAACUCAAGCGUAGAGACUCGUCGACGGGCCAAACAGCUUGCUGAGGCUAUUGGGAGCUACCACAUUGAUCUGAAUAUGGAUUCCGUUGUCAGAGCUGUUCGACAACUAUUUGGCUUUGUAACUGGGGUCCGUCCUCAAUUCCGCUCGCAAGGGGGGUCGAAUGCGGAAAACCUUGCUCUGCAGAACAUCCAGGCAAGGCUUCGGAUGGUUCUCGCGUACUUGUUUGCUCAGCUUCUGCCAUGGGUCAGAGGACGGAACGGUGGCCUCCUUGUUCUCGGAAGUGCCAACGUUGACGAAAGUCUUCGUGGAUAUUUAACGAAAUACGACUGCUCUUCAGCUGACAUCAAUCCUAUCGGGGGAAUCAGCAAAACAGAUCUGAAGAAAUUCAUCGCCUAUGCUCAACGUGCCUUUGACCUCCCCAUCCUGCAAAGCUUCAUUGAUGCCGUCCCCACAGCCGAAUUGGAGCCUAUCACGGAGACCUACGUGCAGUCAGACGAGGCUGACAUGGGUAUGACUUACGACGAGUUGUCAGUAUUCGGUCGCCUUCGCAAGGUGGAGAAAUGUGGACCAUACAGUACAUUUACGAAGCUCGUGCACGAAUGGGGUUCCUUCCUCUCCCCUCUCCAGAUCGCGGAAAAGGUCAAAUUGUUCUUCUUCGAACAUGCGAGGAAUCGUCAUAAGAUGACAACUUUGACUCCUGCGUAUCAUGCGGAAUCCUAUAGUCCUGAUGAUAACGGAUUUGACCUCCGUCCAUUCUUGUACCCGUCGCGCUUCCCAUGGCAAUUCAAGAAGAUAGAUGCAAUCGCGGCUGUCCUGCCAGAUCGUUCAAAUCAGGCGACAACCGAUAAGACCAAGACUGAGUG